AUGAAAAGAAGAGCAUCAGUAAACAAGAAUAAAAGAGUAAAAGCUGUCGAAGAAGAAAUUGUUGACGAACCCGUUUUGUCAAACCCAUCAUCUACAAGCUCUUCUGAAAACUCCGGGGACCAUACUGACAAACAAGAGAUUCACGAAAUCGAACAAGAGAUAGCUAGACAAAAAGAGGAACGAGAAAAAGAAGAGAACCCAUCGAUGUCUGAGGAUCAAGACAAUCAGGAGAGUGAGAAUGAAAAUGAGGAACAAAAACAGGAGAGUGAAGAUGAUGAUGAGAACGAUAAGAAAGAGUUAUUCCCUUCUGAAUCUGAAGAGAUCAACGACGAGUUCUCCGAAAAUGAGUUUGAGAAGGCUGCAAAACAAACAAUUAAAGAGGAAGCCCAAGUGAAAAAAGAAGCAGAAGAGGAGUUGUUAACAAACGUCGCAGAGGAGCAGCGAUAUGUACUGCCUUCAGGACAAGAAGUUGUAAAGAGUCGAGAAUUUGGUGAUAUGGCAACGAUCGGGACUCGAAUUAGAGAGGUUGUUGCUGUAUUGAACGACUUCAAGAAUAAGCGCGAAGAAGGAAGAAGUCGUCAAGAGUAUGUGAAUUUGUUAAUUCAAGACAUUCAGACUUACUACUCGUGCAACGAAUUCUUGGCAAAUUUCGUCGUCGAUCUGUUUGGUCCAAAAGCCGCAGUCGACUUCAUGGAAGCCAAUGAGACUCCAAGACCAACCACCAUUAGAGUGAAUACAUUAAAAUCAAAGAGAAGAGAUUUGGCCCAGAAGUUGAUAGCAAAGGGGGUGAACGUUGAUAUGAUCGAAUGGUGUAAAUCAGGGUUGGUCGUAUAUGAGUCACAAAUCCCGAUUGGUGCAACUGUUGAGUAUUUGUCUGGUAUGUACAUCCUUCAAUCUUCAUCGUCUUGGGCUGCAGUGAUUGCAUUGGCCCCACAACCCAAUGAGAGAAUUUUGGAUAUGUGCUCUGCACCAGGAGGUAAGUCGACGCACAUUGCGGCUUUAAUGAAAAACACUGGUACACUUGUCGCGAACGACGUGAGCAAAGACAGACUUAAGGCUGUUGUUGGUAAUGUUCAACGUCUUGGGAUUACAAACACCAUCGUCACUUCAUACGAUGGACACGAGUUCCCAAAGGUGAUGGGUGGCUUUGACAGAGUGUUGGUCGAUGCACCGUGUACCGGUCUUGGUAUUAUAUCCAAAGACUCUUCUGUCAAGUUGAGCAAGUCUGAGGCAGAUCUUAGAACUUAUUCUAAGAUGCAGAAGGAGUUGCUUCUCCACGCUAUCGACUCAGUCAAUCCAAAGAGUGCAACUGGUGGAUAUGUUGUCUACUCGACAUGUUCCGUUUCUGUCCAAGAGAACGAGGCUGUUGUUGACUACGCACUUAGAAAGAGAAAUGUGAAGGUCGUCCCUAUCGAUUUACAAGAGGGUGUUGGUGAACCUGGAAUGGUUGGGUGGAAACAAUAUCAUUUCAACCCAUCGAUUAAGUUGGCCAGACGUUUCUUGCCACACGUACAGAAUAUGGACGGUUUCUUCGUCUGCAAAUUGAAGCUGUACGUCGAACACUGA